AUGUUUACUUCCUCCUAGUUGGUGCAGCCGUGAAACUAGAGGACAUGUUGUGCGCUAGUUGAUCGCUUACUUCAUUCGUUUUACUUUGCGAGGGAUGAAGCAUGACUGAUGCUAUGCCGUAAUGGCACAAGUUAACCGGAAUGUGAUUGUGAGAUAGACAAAUGACGCAUGUGGGUGCGGCUCUAGGAGGAAACCAAUUAAAGUGUUGAAUUAGAGUUAUUUUACGAUGACUAACGUGACCAUGAUUAAACGCGUACUGUUCUUCAAGACAAUAACAGUCCCUUUUUCAAGCGGCAGUAGGCGCUGCUCUACCAGGGUUUCAACUGGUGAGCUAAAAGCUGCAGUGACAGAGAGCGCACAGCCCUCGCCGCUUUCAGGGGAGGCGUCAUUAUACGUGCAUUGGCCUUACUGUCUUAGAAGAUGCUCCUAUUGCAACUUUAACAAGUACAUCCCCAAAGCUGAUAACAGCUCCAUUAUGGCUGACUGCCUUCAGCGGGAGACGGAAACGUUACUACGGCUGAGUCAAGUGUCUAGCAUCACAUCUGUGUUUUUUGGUGGUGGAACCCCGAGUCUGGCACACCCCUCCACCAUUGAGAAGGUCUUGGAGUCUAUAUCCAGACAUGCUAGUCUGGCAGACAGCGCUGAAGUCACCAUAGAGGUCAACCCGACCCCAGUAGGGAUGUCCAGGUUAGAAGAGUUUCACCGUUCGGGGGUAAACCGUUUCUCCAUCGGUGUUCAGUCGUUGCAGGACAAGGAUCUCAAACUCCUGGGCAGGGACCACAACUCCCAGCAUGCCUUGCGGACCCUCGCCGAGGCCCGGCGGCUGUGCCCCGGCCGUGUGUCGGUGGACGUCAUGUUCGGGCGGCCCGGCCAGACCCUGGACUCCUGGGAGCGGGAGCUAUCUGAGCUUUUGAGGGUGUGCGACGACCACGUGUCUUUGUACCAGCUGACGGUGGAGCGGGGAACCGCGCUGUUCAAACAGGUGGAGCAGGGCCAGCUCGCCCUGCCGGCGGAGGAGGUGAUGGCGGCCAUGUACCACUCUGCCCGGACGCUUCUCCUCCAGCACGGCUUCCAGCAGUACGAGGUUUCGAACUUCGCCAGGCGUAACGCCGUCAGCCAUCACAACAUGAACUACUGGAAGGGUGGGCAGUACAUUGGAGUGGGCCCAGGGGCACACGGGCGCUUUGCUCCCCUAGAGGAGGGAAGGGCCGUCAGGGAGGCCAGGGUCCAGACCUUGGAGCCAGACUUCUGGAUCCAAGAGGUCCAGCACAGGGGUCACGCCACCCGCAGAAGGAUCCCCCUCCCCAGCCCUCUGGGACUGUUGGAGGAGGUGCUGGCGAUGGGGCUGAGGCUGACAGAGGGCAUUGCUCACCAGCAUUGGCACAUCUUCUGCCCUGAAGCAGACCUCCGGACAGUGUUUGGCACAUAUCCGGACGUCCAAAACUUGCUACUAAGCGGACAUUUGAUUCUCGACGACCGAGGGCUACGGUGUUCCUGGGACGGACUGGCGCUACUCGACGGCAUGCUGCCAACACUCUUGCUGGCGCUGGAAGGCCAUAUGAGCCCUUGAGGACAGACACACAUACUCUGAGGACAGACACGCAGACCCGGUUGCCAAGGGGACCAGGUGACCGAAGGGUCAUGGGCUAGACAUGCCUUUCUUUAUUUGUCCAGGCUGACUGAUGUAUGUUUGUAUUAUAUCUACUAUUUAUAUUUUCCUAGUUCAAUAUCACUGGUUGAUAUACGGAUCAUUAACAUCUCUGUCCGUUUGCAAAAGGGCAUUAUUACACCUAUUCUUAUCUAUGUUGAUUCACAUUGGUCCAUUUCAGGAAGAUGUUGUACAAUGUGGUAAUUGUAUUAGCUAAUCAAAGUAUUUUUGUAAAUGUUUAACGCAAAUGUAAAUUAGAAUUUACCGGAACCAUUAUCAGCCAUUAUGUGAGGGGGUAUGGUAGGCCUACAACUGAUCUUGUAAAAACAUUCGACAACAGAAUAAAUUGGAACAAAUCCUUUUCAUAUCCAUGAGUGUUUAAGUGCCACAUGACGCACACCAUAUGCCACCGUUUUUGUUGGUGCACUCCGAUGUAUGUUUCCUGUUUCUAUUGUCCAAAUUUGGGCUGCUAAUAAAAGACUGGCUACUUGAA